UUGGACUUCUUUCUUGGCGCGGUUUCUAUUUUUGUUUGCUUUGCUGCCUUCAUCUCGAUUCUCUACUCUCGAAAUUAAUCCGCUUCCCCAACUAAUGGUUUCCAUGUCAUAUAAAAAUGGAAUUGUGAAAGUUUGGUUAAUCCAUGCUUUGUAAGAUGAAAGUAUUCUACGAAAGUUUUCGCUAGUAACUAUAUUUAAGUAACAGGCUAAUAUUUUUAAAAGAAAAACAACUAAAAUCCAACAUGACAGAACGCUCAAUUGCAUCGCGGCCCAGCCUGGAGCAAGUUGUAGCUAUUGUAGAUUUUAUGGAGCAGCAUCCAGUUUUAGGAUUGGGACAACUAAGAGGUCUUGAAGGGAGGCAUGAAAGCAAAAAGCUGUGGCUUCAGAUUACAAGAGUUGUGAAUAACAUUAAAGGACCAACUAGACCUAUGAAAUCUUGGAUAAAGUACUGGGCUGAUAAAAAAUCAACAGUCAGGUCUAAGGUGCUCUCAGGAGGUGGAGAUCCCAAUAUUCUGUGUUCUAAUAUAGAUAAGAAAAUAUGGGAUUUGUUUUUAGCCAAUGAUGUGGGGAGUAAAUCUCGUAGCUCAGUUAAAGUUGAAUCUCAUUAUUCUGAAGAUAACUUCUUCAAUGAAGAUAGUAUAGAAGAGAAUCAUGUGGAUGACACAGCAAUCAGCUUUGAUGAGCCGACUAUUGGAACAGUUGAUGUUGAGGAAAGACAAAUACUGCUUAUGGAGAAAUUGGUAAAAGUAAUGGACGAGCAAGCAACUGCCAUGUCGCAACUAGCCCACGCCUCGCAGGUUUCGUCCCAAGCCAUGGAGCGAUUGGCCGAAGCUUCUCAUAUUCAGUCCCGUGCAAUAGAGCGGCUAGCAAGUACCUUCGAAACAAUCGGCUCAACAGCGCACGAUAUAAGUACCUCCAUCAUUGAUAUCGACGCCACUAUGAAGAGGUUUUAUAAUACAUCACCCACUUAGCACAGGUUUUUGUAAGUUAUGGUAUUACUAGCUUUCUGCCCGCGGCUUUCGCUGCGCGGUCUAAGGGAAAUUCCCAUGGGUUUGAAAUUUUUCGUCGCAGUAAUUGUAAAUGUAAAUUUAAAAUACCCUAAUUUACCCUCGCCUCCUGGUUUUUCAGCUACAAAAAUCAUAUAUGAUAUAAUCACGUUGAAUCCUACAAAAAAACAAAAAAUAACAAACACGCUCCCGAAUUUAUAAUAUUUUUAAGGAAGUAAGUAUCGAUAAAGAUAUGAAUAUAUGAUUAUACGGGAUAAUGGGAGGAGGGAUUUGUUGCGAGAUAUUGAAUAGGGAAGGGGGUUCUUGUAUACGUUAUUUACGCACAAACCAAAAUUUUUGUAUAUUUCUUUACAAGAACUUGGUAGAGGUUUUUGUAAAUUUGAUUUAGUCCCUUGUCAUCAUCCUACUAUCACAUCUAUUUGAUUACAAUAUAGUAGUUGGAAAUGUAUUUGUACAAAUUGUAAAUACCUU